CACUUAAACACGUUGUUUUCUUUAUUGUGUUAUAUUAUUAAGCACGGUAGUCCCGUUGUUGUUGUUUUUUUGGGAGAGGAGGUGGUUUGUUUCACCUUACUAGGAAGUGAAUGUUGUGUCCGGGAAGAAGAGGAAGGGGGAGGGACUUUACAGGACUACACCGACGACGAGCGAGUCAGUGGCGCUGAUGUGCUCUACUCCGCGGCUUCACCACCACCAAACGUUUAGGGUUUAACUCCAUCUCCACUGCACCGUGGACUCGUUUACAAACCAUCGGUAUUAGCACGUUUAUUUUCGAUCCGAAGCAGAAAACAAUAAUUGGCUUGUUUGAACACGACCGCGGCCUGUAUGAUGUAAGCCCGGAGAGGACGAGCCUCUAGCAAGCUAACAGCACGUCAAGUUGGCCGUGAACUUUGUCACAUUUCGGGGGGCAAUGUCCGGUCCAAUGUGGGCAAGAAACGCCAGGAGCGCGGUGUUGUUUUCCCUCGGUUCCAGACGGAGAGGCACCGAUUCACUUUGUGGACUUCUUCCGGUUCCGAAGCGCCCUAUCAUCGACAUGUCCUACUCGGCGCACUUCAUUGAUUUUAAAGGAUCCUCCAUACCAAGCAGCAUGAAAAAGGUGGUUGUAAACAAGCUGAGUCCCAAUUUUAGAGAGGCGGCGUCGGUGCAAACUGUUCCGGUUCCUACACCCGGAGACGCGGACUUGCUCGUCAGAAAUCGUUUUGUGGGAAUCAACGCCUCCGAUAUUAAUUAUUCUGCAGGACGUUAUGAUCCGUCUGUGCAGCCUCCCUUCGAUGCCGGAUUUGAGGGUAUCGGCGAGGUGGUCGGCCUCGGUCUCAGUGCCAGCUCCCAGUACACCGUCGGGGACGCGGUGGCCUACUUCAACAACGGCGCCUUUGCUGAGUACACCGUGGUUCCCGCCAAGCUAAGCGUGCCCGUCCCCUCGGUGAGGCCCGAGUUCCUCACCCUUCUGGUUAGCAGCGCUACGGCCUACAUUGCCUUGAAACGUUUGGGUGACCUCACAAAAGGUGAGACAGUUCUGGUCACGGCAGCUGCAGGAGGAACGGGACAGUUUGCGGUGCAGUUUGCCAAACAAGCCGGUUGCCACGUGAUCGGGACCUGCUCAUCCAAUGAGAAAGCGGGCUUCCUUAAAUCUAUCGGGUGCGACAGGCCAAUAAACUACAAAACUGAAGACCUGGCCAAGAUCCUAAAGACAGAGUACCCAAAAGGCAUAGACGUGGUUUAUGAAUCAGUCGGAGGCAAUGUUUUUGAACUCGCAGUCAACCGUUUGGCUCAAAAAGGACGGCUGAUAGUGAUCGGCUUCAUCUCAGGAUACCAGUCUGCGUCGGGGAUCCCCCAGUUCAGAGGAGCAACUUUACCUGUAAAACUUCUCCAGAAAUCAGCCAGCAUUCGAGGUUUCUUCCUUCCCCACUUCAUCGGCGACUACAAGGAGGCUCUGGCUAGCAUGAUGCAGAUGUUUGCCAAGGGGAAGCUUGUGUGUGAGGUGGAUUAUGGGGAUUUGGCUCAAGAGGGGAGGUUUGUUGGCCUGGAGUCAGUCUUCAGAGCAGUAGACUACAUGUACGCGGGGAAGAACCUGGGCAAGGUUGUAGUGGAAGUGGCACCUCCCUCUAAUUCUCAAAGUAAAUUGUAAAUUUAAACGUUCACUUUGAAAUCAUGAAUGAUUUUAAGAAGGUAUCUAAUAAUGUAAAUCAGAAUAGAUAUAUUUUUGCAAUAUUAAUAACAGCUAUGCAAGGAUUGAAUGACUGUGAUACAGAGAAUAUAAUUGCAAUUAAAAAGUGAGUCAAAUUUUGUAAAUGUCAGAUUUUUUUUCUUUUCUUUGCACAAUCAAUCACAAUUUAGCAUUAUAGAUAAAGUGUUCUAUUAAUUUAUAGAGCUAACAUCUUUUUAUA